AUAUCAAGAACCCAGAGCUUGAGCCCACUGCCCAACACCACAACCGAACCAGCGAAUAUAUAUGUUGAUACCAGCGAGAGAAAUACCGAGAGAUCUCAAUUGCACCCAACAAAUGGAGGCUUUACUGCCUGGCUCUAUGUUGUGGGUGGAUUCUUUGUCUUUGCAAAUACAUGGUAUAUAUAACAUACAUGAUUCCCUAAAUCCUGAAGCAUGAUCUUGAUAAUAUCUCAAGGGGCCUCACGACCAGCUUUGGUGCAUUUCAGUCAUAUUAUACCACCGAGUUGUUAUCGGGUAAAUCAUCUACGAAAAUAUCAUGGCUUGGGAGCAUUCAAUCAUUCUUAGUUGGAAGCGUUGGGCCAAUUUCUGGUUCUCUUUUCGAUAUGGGAUACAUACGUUCGACGAUCUCGAUUGGCUGCUUUCUCGUGGUAUUUGACAUGAUCAUGGUGAGUAUCUGCCAGACCUAUCUUGAACUCCUUCUAGCUCAAGGUAUCUGUACUGGCUUAGGUGCUGGUUUGGUCUACACACCUGCAAUAGCGAUCAUAUCAACCCAAUUUACAACCAAAAGGCCCUUUGCCAUUGGAUGUGCCUCCUCGGGCUCCAGUAUUGGUAGGUAGAUUUCUAUGAUGGUUGAAAUUGUAUGCUCUAAGCGAAGCUAACAAGAUGUUCUUCUGCUACGCAUUUUAUUUAGGUGGCAUCAUUUUCCCAAUCAUGUUCAGAAAACUCCAACCUAGCAUUGGAUUUGGCUGGACUGUCCGAUCAAUCGCAUUUGUCAACUUAGGAAAUCUGCUCCUGGCAGUGCUUCUCCUAUGUCGUUACCAACAUUCACAUUCGAAGACGACAAGAACCAUCAUCAAUUCAAGAGCCUUCUUAGAAGUUCCCUAUACCACAUUUACGAUCUCCCUCAUCCUGAUAUUCCUUGCUUUCUAUAUACCGUCAUUUUUCAUCCCAACAUAUGCUAUAUAUAGCCUACAUUGCGACCAUGACUUCGCGUCGUAUCUCCUAUCGAUCCUCAACGCCAGUUCUUUCUUCGGCCAAAUCGUUCCACUCCUAAUCGCAAAUCGUUUGGGUUCGGUUCAAAUACUGUUUUUCUAGACUCCGGCGGCAGUCGUUGUCAUGUUUUCUUAGCUAGAGGCUGGAAAUGUUGCUGGUUUCAUUGCUUUCUGUGCUUUGUGGGGUUUUAUAUCCGGGGCGUUAGUGACAGCACCAGCACCGGCUAUUGCUCAUCCUACGCUUUCGCCCUCGAUGUCGGUGAUAGGUACAAGAAUGGGCAUGGUAUGGCUGGCUAUUUCGAU